AUGCAGCAAUUGUGCCCCGCGAAAUUCUCACAGAGGGAUCGUCAUGUUAUUAUGAAGGCUGUAAUCGAUGCUGAAACAUCGCUCUACACAUGUAAUGUCCGGCAUGGGGACAAUACAUCCGCGGAACAUACUCUUACUGAACACGGCCAAAGCUCGGAAGAUAACAAUCAUCGAUUUCGGGAAAGCAGUACUCGGGAGGACACCAUAUCCAGAGGAAGAGCAACGAUAUCUCCCUGGAGUUUCGAUUUUCACCUCUGCUCCGCUGGAACAAGGCUUGGGGUUUUUGGCAUGUCUUUGAUGCCUGGGUCGAUUGGGACCGGCAAUCUUGGCUUGAGGAUAGCAGUUGCCGGAUAUUUAAUGGGCCAGAGCGGGGACAUGUUUUGA